AGAAACAGGCUUCGGCAGAAAGGAGAGAGGAAUGAAGAGCCUUCUGCUUCAAUGUUCGCUCCUUGUAACAUUUUCUUCUGCAUUUCCUAUAGACCGAAAGAUGGACACCGACGAGAACGCGCGGCUGGUGCAGGCCUAUCUCAACCAGUUCUACUCUCUUGAAAGAGAAGGGAGUCCUCUUGUCCAAAGCAAGAACGGGAGUCUCUUAGACGGCAAGAUUCGGGAAAUGCAAGCAUUUUUUGGACUGACGGUGACUGGACACCUCGACUCACGCACCCUGGAGAUCAUGAGGACGCCAAGGUGCGGAGUGCCAGAUGUGGGUCAGUACGGCUACACCCUCCCAGGAUGGGGAAGACACAACCUCACAUACAGAAUCGUCAACUACACUCCAGAUAUGGCCCGGGCAGAUGUGGACGAGGCCAUCCGGAGCGGCCUUGAGGUGUGGAGCCGAGUGACCCCGCUGACGUUCACCAAGACUUUCAAGGGCAUUGCAGACAUCAUGAUCGCCUUUAGGACCCGAGUGCAUGGCCGGUGCCCUCGCUAUUUUGAUGGCCCCCUGGGAGUCCUCGGACAUGCCUUUCCUCCGGGUCUGGGUCUGGGCGGAGACACUCACUUCGAUGAGGACGAAAACUGGACCAAGGAUGGAGCAGGAUUCAGCUUGUUCCUUGUGGCUGCCCAUGAAUUUGGCCACGCACUGGGACUCUCUCACUCCAACGAUCGAACAGCUUUGAUGUUUCCAAAUUACGUCUCCCUGGAUCCUAACAAGUACCCGCUUUCUCAGGACGAUAUCAAUGGGAUCCAGUCCAUCUACGGGAGUCUACCUAAGACAUCUGCUAAGCCAAAGGAGGCCACCAUACCCCAUGCCUGUGACCCUUCUUUGACUUUUGACGCUAUCACCACCUUCCGCAGAGAAGUAAUGUUCUUUAAAGGCAGGCAUGUGUGGCGGAUUUACUACGACAUUGCGGACGUUGAAUUUGAACUGAUCUCUUCGUUCUGGCCCUCCCUGCCGGCAGAUAUCCAAGCUGCAUAUGAGAGCCCCAAUGAUAAGAUUCUAGUGUUUAAAGAUGACAACUUCUGGGUGAUCAGAGGAUACGCUGUCUUGCCAGAUUACCCCAAACCCAUCCAUACGCUCGGCUUUCCAAGACACGUGAAGAAAAUUGACGCGGCUGUCUGCGACCACAGCACCAGAAAAACCUACUUCUUUGUGGGCAUUUGGUGCUGGAGGUAUGACGAAGUGACCCAGAGCAUGGACAGAGGGUACCCACGGAGGGUGGUGAAGCUCUUCCCAGGAGUUGGUCUCCGAGUCGAUGCUGCUUUCCAGCAUAAAGGGUUCUUCUAUUUCUUCCGUGGAUCAAAGCAAUUUGAAUAUGACCCCAAGGCAAAGAACAUCACCAGAAUAAUGAAAAUCAAUUCCUGGUUUCGGUGUAAAGAGCCAUUAAACGCGUCAUCCAAUGUUAGUAUCAGUGAGGAAGAAGUCCGUUCAGGAGGAGUAGAGAUGUGUUAUCAUAAGAGUUCGUACUUGCUUAUUCUCAGCUUUGUUCAUGUGCUGAAAAAAAAUCUAUAGUUAUCAAUAAAUUCAUAGACCUAAAAUAAACCACCAGAGGUCUUUUAAUCUGAACUCUGCUUCAAAGUGGAGCAGAGCUGUUCUGUCACCCACGUUGCCGGUCCUGACUCUGGGUAUCUGUUGGACAAAGAUCCCGUGGGUGUCCUGAGCUGCCUGAUGCUUUUUACAGGAAGUUGUGAUGUGUCAAAGUCUCACUGUGCUUCAAUCCUAUUUUAUGCUUUGUGAACCUGAAGAAGGGAGUGUGUCUUAUAACUGAAUACUGCAGACGUUAUUAAACCAAUCUUCAGCACCUA